CUCCCACAUCGCUGCCUCCGCCAUCCUCCCACAUCGCUAGCUUCCCUCUCACGCUCCGGGCCGAGGAACCCACGAGCGCCAAAGCAGCCAGCUCCCAUGGGCCGCGGCCGUGCCAGGAGGCGCCCUCCGACACCCUCCGACUCCUCAUCGUCGGACGAGGAGCUCCUGCUGCCGGUCGGCGUGGAAUUGGACGAUGAGGACGAGGCGGACCAUGAGUCGGAGGACGACCACGAGCAGCUCAUACUACUUCCGGUCGGCGCGGAGGUGGAGGUGCGCAGCGACGACCCGGGCUUCGCCGGCUCCUUCUACGAGGCCACCGUCGCCGGCCACCUGCUCUCCGGCGGCCGCCGCGGGCGCUACACGGUGGAAUACACCACGCUCCUGGCCGACGACGGGGACGACGAGCCGCUCAGGGAGACAGCGGCCGCCGCCAACGUGCGACCGCGGCCACCACCGGUCGAGGAAAGGGAUAGGGAGUUCGCGGUCCACGAGAUGGUGGAGGCGUUCCACAACGACGGGUGGUGGGCCGGCGUGGUCUCCGCCGUCCUCCCGCGGCCGGUGAUGGCCGGGGAUCGCCGGCAGCCGAGGGCGUACGUGGUCACGUUCCCCACCUCGCGGGAGACGCUGGAGUUCGGGGAGGCGGAUCUGCGGCCGCACCGCGUGUUCGAGGACGGCCGGUGGGUCCCGGCUGCAGAGGUGGACAAUGGAAGUCCUUUGUUCGGUGAGGGAAACCAAGUUGAAGUGAGUGGAAAAUCCUUCGGCGCAUCCUGGAGUCCAGCUACUGUUCUUAAAGUGAUUGGUGCUACAAAUUUUCUAGUAGAGUACAUGCAUAUUGAAAAUGACGGGGAAUUGGCCACUGAGAUUGUCGAUUCUCAAGAUAUUCGGCCAGCACGCGCCAUCACCCGUAUGGACUCCAAGUACAGAUUUUCUCCUUCUUCUCAUGUCGAGGUCCAUCAUGAAGAUAGUUGGUGGCCUGGUGUUAUUGUUAAGGUUUUAGGUAGUGGAAUCAACAAGAAGUAUGUGGUGAAAUUGAAGAAUCACGAGACAGACAUGGAAGACGUGCAACCUGUGGAUGUUUUGACGGUUCAAAAUACGCAACUAAGGCCACGGUUUGACUGGGACGGUAAAAAAUGGGUACGCUGCGUGAAAGAGCCUUCACACCAAAAUUAUGUCCAUGAGAUGCAUCCAUUUCAGAAAUCUUCUCGAAAAAGGCUAGUUUCCGCCUUGUAUGAUGACUCUGAUAAAAUCAGUAAUGAACGUGAUUCUCAUCGUGACAAAAAGUUGAAGAAUGAAGAUGUGAUAUCAGGAAAAAAAUCUCCUCUUUCUCUGUCCAUUUGCAAUGAGAGCAAUGAAAUUACUCAUAAUCAACGGAAUGCAGUAUUGGCAUUACGGUCUAAGCUAUCACUUCCUUCACUGCCACCAAUGACAGCAUUUAACCAGCUGAGUUCAUCUUCACUUGCUCCAAGCUGUCAUCUGGAACAAUCAUCCUCUCAGAUGAUUAUCAUACCCUAUACGCCACAAAGUGGACAGUUACGAGCUUCCUUAUUUGGAGAGUUACGGGCUGCUGAAGCUAUUGAUGAAGAGAGCAACAUCAUAGCUGUCUCUGAACACUUAGAUGAACUGCCUAAGGAUGUGACUGCUGGAUGCGGAAUACUUCCAAAAAUAAAUAUGGCAAGUCACAUUGACAUCAGAGGUUCACAAGAGGGUAGUGUAAUAGAUGAUCUUCAGCAAGGAGGCUAUGUUGGUGAAACUAGUGUUGAGCAGGACACUGGUGGAGAAUUAUGUCAGAGGUAUUUGGCUAUGGCUGAUAAUGCCAACGUUCCUUUGUUGCCUUCAGCAGAGAGUUGUGAAGCUAAUUUGCACGACAACCGGCUCUCCAAGGACAACACAGCAGCUUCGGUGGAGUGUGUUACUUGUUAUGCUGCUCCAGCCGAGGACUUGUCUCUUAUACCUACUUUAGAUGGUGUUGUACCAUUAGAGUGGGAUUUGGAGGUCAAUAUAACUGAAGAUAUGGAUGAGGCGAACCAUCAAGGGAGUGUAGUUGGGUUAGCCAGCAAUGGGCAUCAUAAUCAGUAUACUAGUGUUCACUGUCCAUUCUCAGCCACAUCUUUAACUGCACUUGAGGAUGACAUGAUUACCACUGAAAGUCCAAGCGGGGAGUUCUUAUGCAGUAGCCAAUCCAUCGAGAAGUCGACAGUAACUCGGUUGUCUUCUGUUGGCAUGAACAAUUAUAGUGUGACAGAACCUGUCGAUGAUAGCUUGGCCAUAACAAAUGGUGUGGAGGGUACACCAGUACCCAGGUAUGUUGCAAGCAGAACAAAUGAUUCUGCCUUUCCCUUGUCGCCGGAAUCUCUAGCGGUGCAUGAGAGUACCAUGGACACGAACAGCCGCCUUUCAGGAUCCUUGGCAUUCCAGCAUCUUCCAUUUGUGAAGACCUCCCCAAUGUGGGCGCAUCUCGAGGCACUGGAAAUUUUCAGGAAAGCGCCACAGCGGCCACAUUUUCGUCAUUUCCAGCAGUAUUGUCCAGAGCUCCGCGAAGGGAUGGCAUUAGGUUUGAUGCACUCUUUUGCCAAUUUAGCAGAAAGCAUAAACAUGCUGGAUGUUCAGGGUGACAAAGAACUACUACUCGAACAGAAGAUGAAGAGCCUCGCUUUGCUCGAGGAGAAUGGUUUCGAUGUCACGUACCUGAGAUCACGCGUGGAAGCUUUACUCAAAGCAGAUAAUAGUCGCGUCGAAGAGCUGGAGGAGAAGAUUGCCCGCAUAGAAACCUACGACCAAGAACUCGGCACGCGAGUUCGCGCGCUGGCUAUGACAGUCCAUCGUCUCGAGCUACAUGCAUAUCUUAUGCGCAACAUGAUGCGGUCUGCCAUCACGCGGAAGAUGAGCAAUGCUGUGAAGAUCUCAAGACUCAAAGCAGAAGCAAACGAUCUUGAGAGAUCGUAUCUUUCCAACGCCGCGCCUCGGUGAGUUUGGUCUAUGGUGGGAGCAUGCACGCACGCUUGUGAAUAGGUAGUUACCGCAACACCCAGCUAGUUGUUGUGUAGAUACUACUAGUUCGUAGUGCUAUCCUGCAGUUCGCCGUGCGACGGGCGAAUGGUUGUGUAGAUAGUUCGUAGUGCUAUAUAUCCUGCGGUUCGCCGUGCGACGGGCGAGUCUUUUGUGUAUGUUGUUGCUCUCGUAUGUUACAGGCAGCCAUCUGUGGAGUACCGUGUAAGCUGAACCUGGACAGUGUGCUUGGGCUACUGAAGUCACCUUUGGUAUUGUGUAUAUCUCAUAGUAGUGUGCUGCUCUGUCUGUGAUUCAGCGUCUUCAGCAGCGAGCCAGUCUAGACUGUGGUUAUGCUCAAAACAUGCAUGUUUGGAAUUGAAUCCUGUCGUCGUCUGAAUACCAUUUUGUUGACGACUACGGUGGCAUGGUUAUGGA